ACAGACAAGAGCAACAUGCUCACCUCUGAGUGGGGGUGUUUACAAUUUUUUUAGCAUACUUGAUAUUGUAAAAACCCUACAACUGGAAUAUACACUGUGUUUGGACAAUUAAGGAAAAAAGGCCUUAAACAGCUUUACGAAAAGAGAAGUGGUCUUUCUUUGACAUCAGGACUGCUCUCUCCUGAUUGUUGAUGCAGUGAAGUCUAACUUCUGGAAAGGGAUGUUUACCUGCAAGUAAAAUGAUACAGCCUCUGGAAAAGGUGCUUUUGUUUGCUUACUUCAUUGCAACUUUACAACAUAAUGUUGUAGCUCCGAUUUCUACAGAUGGACCAUUUAGUUCAUUUCAGGGCUGGCCUUCAGAGUUUGCUUUGUGCUGCAGUCUGCCUAACAAUGAGCAAGGACACAUGGGUUUCACUGAAGAAUGGUCGGAUAGUGAACAGAGUUUGAACUCAAGCAUUGGAGGGCUGGCAGAAUUAGACUACGAAAAUGCAACCCAGUGCUGCAUGUGGCCUGACAAAAAUCGUACAAGAUCUCAGAGUGAAGACAAGGAAGCUGAAGUUUUCUGUUUGAACAUCCUGUGCUGGGUUGAUGGAAACCUGGAACAUUUAAUUUGUAAUCUGAAGCCACACACAAAAUAUCCAGACAGGAGCAGGUUCCUUACAAUUAGGCUGCGGUAUUCAUUGUCAGAUUUUCACACAAGUGUUUCUUCUAAACAAAAAGAAGAGAUUGUUUAUGCUGCUGAAAGUAGCUGUGAAGGAGAGGACACCUUACGAUGUGCUAUACCUCUAAAAAGCCUGAAUAGCACCUAUACCUUGAGAGUUACAAUCUCAGAUGGCAAAAGCGCUAUGGAAUCACCAGCGAUGCACAUUGUCCCUGGAAAUGUGGAAUGCAUUGUUCUUGUGACUCAUUUUAUUGCAGAAGUGACAUACCUUCCUGCAAAAAUACUGGCAAGUACUGGAUCAAAUGUAACAAUUCACUGUGUAUUUAACAACCGGAGCACUAAUGCAACAAAUAUUGUGUGGUGGCUCAAUACCCAUGAAAAAGUUCCCGUAAGUCAAUAUUCUACCAUUAAUGAUCACGUGAGCAGUGUCACUCUGGUUAAUGUGAAACCACAUAAACGCAAAGGGGGGAUUGACUAUGAUGUGCUACAAUGCUGUCAACAAAAUGGAGAAAAUUCAGUCUGCAACUACCGCUACGCGGCAAUUUAUGCAAAAGAUAUCAAUGUUACUAUCUCCUGUGAAACUAAUGAGCAUCUGACCAACAUGACUUGCAAAUGGAAUCCAAAUUGGGUUUUGGGAAGUGAUGUGAAGUUCCUUUAUCGGAAAGGCCUUUCCUGUGGUGCUCUGGAAGAGGAUGUGCGUGUCUCCCGCGUGGAGGAGUGCCCUGUCAUGGGAUGGGGAUCCCACAAGUGCACCUUCCAACCAUUGUACCUGUCUUUCUGUUACGUGAUGUGGCUGGAGAUUCACCAUGAGCUUGGCCCUGUGAAAUCACGCCCCACCUAUGUCACCCCAAUGGAUGUUGUAAAGCCACAUCCUCCCCUCAACCUUGAGGCUGAGAUCACAGUUCCAGAGGGACAUCUGAGUAUCAGCUGGCAAAGGACGGAAUUGCCAGUUUAUGAUCUUCAGUUUGAGAUCCGCUAUGCUGUAGAUGGGCCGAAUAAGCAGUGGAAGCUUCUCAGAACAGUAUAUAAUGAGACAGUUGUGACUCAGGUGGCCGAUCCAUGUGUUGUAUACACGGUUCAGAUUCGCUGCAAAAGGUUCAAUGGACCUGGACACUGGAGCACAUGGAGCAGCCCUGUGUACACUGUUGUUCAUGAUAUUCAAGCUCCUGAACAGGGACCUGACUUUUGGAGAAUGAUUCGUGAGGAUCCAGCAAUGAAGCAAACUAAUGUUACUCUUCUAAUUAAGCCACUGAGAAAGGAAGACCUCUUUUGUUCUGUGGAUGGGUUAAUUGUUCAGCAUCAAACAUCAAGUGAUGUGCUACGGUAUGAGUAUCUGAAUAUCACCACAACAUACAGUUUUCCCUGGAUUGAAGAUGUUCACAGUGUGUCAGUCCUGGCCUUCAACUCAGUUGGCUCUUCUGUGAUGAACUAUAAUUUAACAUUCACAAGGCACACAAGAAAAGUACAGACUGUUCAGUCGUUCAGCUGUGCAAUGGUAAACAGCAGUUGUGUGGCACUUUCGUGGAACCUGCUUCCAAACCGCUCUCUUCCCGAGUCUUUCAUUAUCGAGUGGAAACUUCAAAACAGGGAGAAACAGCUACAAAACACAGAUGAAGUCGUUAAGUGGGUUCGAGCACCUCCAAAGAUACACACCUUUUAUUUAUAUGACACUUUCUUCCUUUCUGAGGAAUACCUGUUUAUUUUGUAUCCAAUAUUUCUGGAAGGAGAAGGGGAACCCAUCUAUAGUAGAGAGGACAAGAGGAAACCCAAAGGAGAGCAGGCUGCUUACAUUCUUCUUCUCCUUAUUGCAUUUCUGUCUGUUGUGCUGUUUGUGACACUUGCAGUCUCUCAGCAUCAAAUGAAGAAGCUGGUUUGGAAAGAUGUUCCUAAUCCUAAUAACUGCUCCUGGGCACAAGGAGUUGAUUUUAAAAGGGCAGAAACCAUAGAGAAUCUCUUUAAACACCCAAAGAGAGUAACAUCAUGUCCUCUUCUCUUGGAAUCUGAAACCAUUUCUGAGGCUGUGAUUCUAGAGAAGAUGAAACUGGGUUCACAGGAACAAACUACCUCAGAUGCAUCCCUGGGCAAAAAACAGGAACUGGACGAGGACUCUACCCAUUCUGCUUGCCAGUACAAUGAGGAAUCCUUAGUCCAAGAAAGGUCUAUGCACUCCACUACCCCAGAGAGAUCAGCACAGUCCAUAAUACAGUAUGCAACAGUGUUACUUCCUGAUGUGCCCAUCCAUCUCUACAAACAACAGAAAAGUAUCAGCAGUUCUUCUGAUGAGGGCAAUUUUUCUGCAAACAACUCUGACAUUUCAGGAUCCUUUCCCAACAAUCUGUGGGAUGUUGAAAAUCAAUCUUGUAAGAAUUCAGCACAAGAAAAUCCUAGAAAUAUCUGCUCCUUUAAUUCUACAGAAGAGCUUUCAGAAACGUCUGAUCAGGAUGACUAUGUUCUUGAUGAAAUGUGCACAGGAAAUGAUCUAUACUACGUUGGUGUGGCUUCUAAUGAUGAGGAAAAUGGGGAAGAGGAGAAAGAAAGUUUCCUAAUGGAAAAUUCUCAUGUGCCUUCUCAAGACAGAGAUGAGAUUAUGCAAGAAUCAAAUCCUUUAUUAGGCUGCCAUUCUUUUCUGAAUGUAAAAGUGAACAAGAAAGAUGUGCCUGCAAAGAAUAUCCCUUUGUACAUGCCUCAGUUCCAAACAUCGUCCAAUAAAAUUCUGAAAGCCAAAGCUCAAUAGAUUUCCUCAAGCAUCAGACAUUCAUGGACUCAACAAAGAUGAAAAUACUUCAAUUAUUCCUUCACGAGAGGAUACAAAACAUGUCUGUGUUUUAAGUUACAUCAAAAUGUGGGUGCCAAUGAGUUGAAGGGGCUGUGAAGAACAUGUCAACUGUUGGGAUUUCUUGAGUCUCUGGGAUACUUGACACAUAGUUAAAGGUUUUCCUCACAUCUUGUGUUAGUGCCGUCAGAAAAAAAACAUGUAGCUGAAGUAUAUGUAAACUGUCGGAAAUGUGGUUUUCAGAGAUGCUCUGAAAAGCCAGUGCAGAAAUGCUUCAGCAAGAAUGCAUUGUGAUGCUUUGAUGACAGUUUUUUUAAUAGGUUAUUUGCUGGCCAGUCUCUGUACUUGGCGGAACUUCAAAUGAUGAUGUUUCAAAAGCACGUGAAUGUUUCUGAAUCCAACACAACAAGCAGUUACUAAGUUAUGUUAAAAUAAGCAUGCUAUUACUGUGGGGGAACUGUGAUGCAGACUGCAAUCAAAUCGCUGCUUAUUAAUUCAUCAUUUGUUUAGACAAUCUAAAAUGGGUGAAUAUAUAUUAUCCUGUUAUUUGUUGUAGUCUUUCAGAAAUACUAUUUGAAACUGUGCCAUCUAUUUUAGUUUUAUUUUAAAGAUAACAGCAUAUGAAUGUGAAAUCUUAUCAAAAGAACAUGGAUUCGGCAACUGAGACCUUGCACAAUGACUGUAUUCACAAUGAGUGAAUACAUGGUUAACUGUAUAGAAAAAUGCCUCAUAUAUUUUUGUGGUUAAAAUAAAAUAUUUAUUGCCA